UUUUUUGACUUUUUGAAAAAGAUAUUAAUGUGUGAAGGUUAAACAAUUUAUUACGCAUUAGAUUAUAUCAAGUUUAAAUGAGUUGUAUGUAUAUGAUUCUAAUUAGAUCAAUCAAGUUUGUGACGCAUGGAUUGUUGUUGCUUAUCAUCAUUUCAAAAUUUAUUUGGUCACUGAAUUUCUUAUAUUUUAUAUAAAAGUGAAUAUGAUCGUAACGAAUAGCUAUUUAUCCGAUUUCAUCAUACUAAUAAUUACUCUAAUAGCCACUUCAAUUGUUUAUAUUAAAUAUAAAUACAAUUAUUGGAAAAACAGAGGAAUAGUUCAAUUGACGCCAACUUUUCCAUUUGGAAAUUAUGCGAAAGCACUACCUAGAGGAAUAUCAUUAGGUGCUAUUACCAAGAGAUACUACGAUGAAUUUAAAAAAAUGGGAUGUAAGUUUGGAGGAGUAUAUAUAGGUUUAGAUCCAUAUUUAGUGAUUGUUGAUCCAUCCUACGCUAAAGAUGUUUUAACAGAAGAUUUUCAAUAUUUCGUGGAUCGAGGACUAUAUUUUAGUAAAAAAGAUCCAAUAUCUGUGCACAUUUUAUCUCAAAGAGGAGAAGAAUGGAAAACUUCUAGAAACAAAUUUUCCGUAAUGUUUACUUCAGCAAAAAUGAAGCAGUUCUUUCAAACGAUGUCUAAAUGCAGUCAGGAUUUAAGAAACACUCUGGAUCGGUACGGUGACGGAGAGAAAGACUUAGAUAUAUUUGAAACAUUUGCUUGUUAUGCAACAGAUGUGAUUGGAUCGGUUGUUUUUGGAGUUGAAGCAAACAGCUUUAAAAGAUCUGACGCAAUUUUCAGGCAACUAGGAAGGGAGAUUUUCACUAAUUUCACCAUAUUAGAUCAAGUGCGUCUCUUUUUAACAAUUUGUUACCCUGACUUUUCAGCUAAAAUGGGUGUAUCGAACAUACAACCUUACAUUCAAGAUUUUUACUUGAAAUUCAUGAAAGAAGCUCUAGACUACAGAGAAAAAAAUAAUAUUAUAAGACAAGAUUUCAUACAGGUUCUGAUUGAGAUGAAACGAUCUGGGAUUGAGCUUACCUUAGAAGAAAUGACAUCACAGGCAUUAUUAUUUUUCACUGGUGGAUUCGAAACUUCAUCUGGAUCCGCAACUUUAAUAUUAUUCGAACUAGGUUUGCAUCAAGAUGUGCAAGAUAAAGUUAGAGAAGAAAUAAAUCAGGUGUUAAAAAGACAUGACGGGAUACUUACUUACGAAGCAAUCAGUGAAUUGACUUAUCUACGUCAAAUAUUCGAUGAAUCUGCAAGAAAAUACCCUCAAAUAACAAAUAUGACUAGGAUAUGUGUUAAGGACUAUACAUUCAAAAACACUGAUAUCACCAUUUAUAAAGGCACAUCCGUACUACUGCCAGUUCUUGGAUAUCAUCGGGAUGAGGAUUAUUAUCCGGAUCCGUCGAAAUGGGACCCUGAGAGAUUUGCCGAUAAAAAUGAAAAGCAUGUAGGAUAUUAUCCCUUUGGAGAUGGACCCAGAAUUUGUAUUGGUGCUCGAUUUGGUUUGAUGCAGGUCAUCUUGGGAGUGGUAGCUGUAUUGAAAGAUUUCAAAGUAUAUGCCAGUCCUAAUACCAAAUUACCCCUGGAGUUUGACGAACUAACUUUCGUUACUAAAAUGAGACAAACCAUAUUUCUGAGGUUGAAAAAGAUAAAAUGAUAAACAAUGAUGUUCACAAAACGUUUUUUUUUUAUGAAGAAAGACAAUUUUAAGAUAAUUAGACAUAUAUUUGUGAAAAAGGCAUUUUGAUUUAUAAGUAGACGAAUUUCAAUGAUAAA